AUGUCUUGCAAUCUGGGAAAUGGAAAGGAUCACACCGUCCAAGCCGCGGAGGGCCGCGAAGGCCUGCGCAUUUUGCCGACGGAGGAAGGCAAUUCCGUUGCGAUAACGCUAGACCGGCCCACGAAAGCCCGGCUGUCGCAGGUGGAAGCAGAAAAUCAGCAGCUUAGGAGGCAGCUCCGACGGCACUUUAGUCACAUUGGUACUCAAUCACCAGACGGAGAUGACCCUGAGGGAGGCAGUCCGCCCCAGCUACGGCAAGAAACACAGCGGUCUUCGAAGAUUGAUGCUCCGGUGACAAGUGCCAAGCGGUCCCACUCAGCUGUUUCGCGGAUUUUUAUCUCGCCAAAUGGCGAGUCGAGCUACCAUGGACUGACAAGCACAUUGUUUGAUGAUGCUCCGACCGAUCGUCAUGGCCAUCCUCGGUCGGCAGAUCCGCAGGUGCCGGUAGAGCAUAUCCGAAAGCAGUUGAUGGGGGAAGCGGCCUAUCAACAGCAAUUGGAAGCUUUGAAUAUGCGACAGGGAAAGCUUGACUUCGAUGGGGUCGACCCCGAGUUGGGGAUGCACCUACUAUCCCUGCACUGGAAUCGCCAGCACCACUCCUUCUUGAUCACCUACCGCCCAGCUUUCAUGCGGGACAUGGCCACUGGUGGACCUUACUUUUCGAAGCUUCUAUUGAACGCGAUCUAUUUCGGCGCAUCAAAGUUCAGCACCCGCCCCGAGGUUCGUCGAGAUCCUGAUGAUGUCCGCACUGCUGGAUGGACAUUCCGCCAGCGUGUGAAAGAGCUGCUGGGAAGUGCUUUGGAUCGAAGUGAAAUUACCACGAUUCAGGCUUUGUUGGUCAUGACCAGUUCUUUAUUUGCAUUGGGCGAUGAGCGCAGUGCUGCGUGGCUUUAUGCUGGUACGGCGUUCAGGAUGAUUAUCGAUCUCGGUAUGCAUGUAGAUGCUACCAUGCUGAGCAAUAUGCGCCGCCUAUCCGACGAAGAUAUAGAAAUUCGUCGCCGGGUGUUCUGGGGUGCUUUUGUCGUGGACAAGAUUCAAUCUCUGUACCAAGGUCGCCCCGCAAGCCUACAGGACUUCGACACCCAGGUCUCGUUGACAUUCUUGGACCAAUAUGAAGAAUUGGAACAUUGGCAGCCUUUUGCUUAUACAGAUGUUCAGUCAUACCCAGGAUCGCCUGCCUAUAGCGUUUCCACAUUCACAGAGCUUUGUAAGCUAUCAUUAAUAUUGAACAGCAUUUUGAACAAGGUCUACUCAGAGCGAAGUUCAAACCGGUCACCCCAGGAGUUGCUCACCACAUUGAGUGCUUUGGAUACACAAUCUAAGGAUUGGUAUAACGCACUGCCAGAACAUUUACAAUUCAGCAAUCCUGCCACACAGGUUACACCACCACCUCAUGUUCUUUCACUCUUGGCCUUGUACAACGUCUUGCUUAUCCUUCUUCAUCGACCAUUUGUGGCAGAAGGACAUCUCCACACGACCGACCCAUCAGUUGCUAUCAGCUCAUUUACUACUUGCACAGCAGCCGCGGCUCGCAUAAUACAAAUUCUAGAAGCUUACGAUAAUGCGUUCUCCAUCAGACAUGCCCCCUAUCUGAUCUCAUAUGCGACUUAUGUUGCCGCUACCAUUUAUGUGCGAGUUGCUGCCCAGCGAGAAAGUGGAAGUAGAGCUCACGCGAGUCUUUGGAAAUGCCUAGAAAUCUUCCAAAAGAACCAAGAAACCAACUGGGCUGUCCGACGGGCGAAAAACGUGAUUAUGCAUCUCUCGGACCGCAUGGGGGUCGACUUGAGUAGUUGUCGACACGGGCGCGGCAAUUCCCGGCCAGGGCAGUCAUCCGAUGAGCAGUCGGAUGGAUUUGAGAGGCGGGUUCAGUUUGACGAAGUCGGUCUCAGACCAGCUGUGUUACCUGGUCAGAUGACACCGCCGGAGACAGAGGCAUCUGAGCUGGAUAUGGAUAUGAUUAUCCAGAGCUUCAUUCGACAGGAUACCAGGCACACUGAAGGGCAUGUCUCUUAUGAGCCAAGCUACAGUAGUUCCGCUGGUCCUACUACAGCUCCACCUGUCACGCCUGGUAUUUUCGCCCCUGCCGUCAUCCCAGGGUAUCAUGAUGCAUACUUCGAGGCGCAGCUCGAUGAUGAUAUGUUGUUUGGUUUUAAUGGAUCCGUGCAAGACAGCAUACUGUAUAGUUAG